UAGCAGCAGAUCCCCUAAAUCCGCAGUGAGACGACAACUGACUUGAACUGAGCAGCACACGACCACUGCACAUCAAACACGACAGCAGCUAAAUAUGUCUGACCCGCUUGAACAAGUCUUUACCGCUGUAGACGAGCUCUCCUCCACGUUCAUUGUUAAUCUCGCUGCUGCUGUAGCCAUUCCCAGUGUCUCCGCUGACCCCGAACACCGCAAAGAUGUCUUUGCCAUGGGGAAAUGGCUUGCUGAACAAAUGAAAGCCAUUGGUUGCAUUGUUGAGUCUCGCAAAAACCCACUCGGUAAGCAGGAAGGUACAGAGAUGGAGCUGCCAGAUAUUUUGCUCGGUCAUUAUGGUACUGAUCCUGCAAAGAAGACUGUCCUGGUGUAUGGUCACUAUGAUGUACAGCCUGCUCAAAAGGAAGAUGGAUGGGCUGCUGAGCCAUUCACAUUGACAGAAGAUAAAAGUACUGGCCGUCUCUUUGGUCGUGGUUCAACAGAUGAUAAGGGUCCCGUACUCGGCUGGCUACACGCUAUUCAGGCCUUUCAAAAGGCAAAAGUAGACUUCCCCGUCAAUCUCAAAAUGUGCUUUGAAGGUAUGGAAGAGUAUGGCAGUGAAGGACUUGAAGAACUCGUGAAGCAAGAAGCAAAGCGGUAUUUUGCAGACUGUGAUGUCGUCUGCAUCAGUGAUAAUUACUGGCUUGGCGAAACAAAGCCUUGUCUGACAUAUGGCUUGCGUGGUGUCCAGUACUUCAACAUUGUUGUUGCCGGUCCACAAACUGAUUUGCAUUCGGGUGUCUAUGGCGGUACCGUCCAUGAACCCAUGACGGACCUCGUUGGCAUUCUCGCAUCUCUUGUUGCCAGCAACGGAAAGAUCUUGAUUCCUGGCAUCUACGACCAAGUUUCCAAGUUGACGGCAGAGGAACAAAAGCUGUAUGAGAAUAUUGACUUUACGCUUGAGGAGUUUCAAAAGUCCAUUGGCCACAAUGUCAAUAUCAAGGACAAUAUUGCCGAUACUCUCAUGUCUCGCUGGCGAUUCCCAAGUUUGUCGUUGCAUGGUAUUGAAGGUGCCUUUUCGCAAUCUGGCGCUAAGACUGUGAUUCCCGGCAAAGUGCAAGGCAAGUUUUCUAUCCGUACGGUGCCGGACAUGACAGCUGAAGAGGUGUCCAAGUGUGUCAAGACGCACAUUGAACAAGUCUUCAAUACAUCUGGUUCUAAAAAUCGUUUGAGCAUUGAAGAGUUGCAUGCCGGUGCGUACUGGUACAGUUCGCCCAAUCACCCAAACUUCCAGGCUGCAGCAGCUGCUACGAAGCGUGUGUAUGGUGUUGAGCCAGACUUUACGCGUGAAGGCGGGUCGAUUCCCAUCACGACUGUGUUGGCGGAGAUUGGCAAUGUAUGCCUUUUGCCAAUGGGAUCUGGCAAUGACAAUGCGCAUGGUCCAGCAGAGUCGAUUCCAAAGCGAAAUUAUAUCGAGGGAACCAAGCUGCUGGGGGCUUACUUGUACGAGCUAUCACGGACAGAUCUGAAUGUUUAGAUACCUCUAUUUCUAGUUGUAGAUGUCAGGUCAUAUCGAGUCAAUCGACGAGAG